GGCUCAGUGGCGAUCCAGGAUUUUCAAAAUGGGGGCCCACUUGUGAAUGUCAAGUAUUAGCCGAAAUGCCAUAUAGGUCGCCAAAUCUGGUAUUUUACUCACAUUAUCUCUUAUUUUUAAUCUAAUUAAAUUUCUAUCGAUCUUUAUCUUUAUCUUAUCAUUAAUUAAUGAUAUUGUACCUCAGGUACCACUGAUUGAUGAUGUAAGCGAAAUAAGGGAACUUGAACUUGUAUAAAUAUAGAUCGAAUUUUAAUUAACAAUAUAUGCCAGUAACGCCUUGUAAUUUGUGGCGAAAAAGAGGGGGGGGGGGGGGGGGGGGAACGGACUGCCUCUAGGACUGGCAGCAGUUCGAUACAAAAUCAUGAAGGUUGUGACAAGAAUGAUCCCAACAACUAUAGAGGGAUUACUGUAACGGGAUUAACUGGAAUUUUUUUAACAGUGUUAUGAAUAAUAGGCUAGACAAAUUUCUUGUAGAAGACAAAAUUAUUGAUGAUUAUCAGAUAGGAUUUACCAAGAAAGCUAGAACAUGCUAGAACAUGCGAUCAUAUGUUUAUUUUAGAAUGUUUUUUUUUUUUUUUAUAAAUAUUGUAAUAAAAAAUUGGAAAACUGUAUGCAUGUUUUAUAGAUUUUCACAAGGCUUUUGAUAGUGUUAUACAUACUGGGAUAAAAAUUAAACUUCUUCAAAUAGAAGUUGGUCAGAAGUUUUACAAAAUUGUUAAAGAAAUGUAUCAAAGAAGUAUUUGAUGUAUAAAAAUCCACAAUCCAAUUACUGAUUUUUUCCCCAAAUCCAACAAGGUGUCAAGCAAGGGGAUCAUUUAAGUCCAAACCUAUUUAAGAUAUUUCUUAAUGAUCUGCCUAAGUACAUGGAUGACUCUAUAGAUUCUGUUACUUUCAAUUAUCACAAAAUUCACUGUUUGAUGUAUGAUGAUGAUCUAAUCUUGCUAUCAAGAACUUCAAAAGGUUUGCAAUCAAAACUAGAUAUUUUAGAAAAAUAUUGCGAUGACUGGUGCUUUAAUGUUAAUUUAUCCAAGACAAAAAUAACGAUUUUUAACAAACCAGGGGGAAAAUUGUCAAAAAAAAUUUCUCUUCAAAACAAGUGAAUGUGUUCAACAGUACAAGUAUCUUGAUGUCUACUUCUGUAACUCGGAAUCCUUUGCCUUUGCUCAAAAUGAAUUGUAUAAAAACCGGCCUUGAAGGCAUGCUCAAAGUUACAAGAGAUUUCCAUUGUAAUAUCAAAUUAUCAAAGCCAUGAUGAAUUACUGGUUUCGACUUGAUCCAUCUUCUAUCUUAUUGAAGGAAGCAUAUUUAGUGUCAAAGAACAUUUAUCUUCAAAAUAAACCAUCAUAGUUUGCAUCUAUCCAAACAAUGUUGGAUCACUUAUCUGAACUUAAAAUAUAGAUUUAUAUGAGAAACUAAUAUGGAAAACUAAUAUGGAUUUUGAAUAAUGAAAGUAAAGAAAUUUUAUGUUUGCUUUGAAAAUUUAUUUUUGAAAAAAGUAAAAGAACUAAUGUAUAAACAUGUAUUUUCAUGUGCAUGCAGGUUUUUGGCAGUUCAUCGUUUGUUGUUAGAUGCAAAAGAACAUUUAAAUGUAUGAAUACAAUAUGUACAUUUAUUAACAUCUACUUUUACACAAAAGUAUAAUGAUAUUUCAUCAACAAUAGAGACAUUGAUGCCUGGUUAUGGUUAUGUAGUGGGCAAUAUUGUGGAAUUUUUAUAGAAAUAAUGUUUAAAUUUAUACUUCUCUUCCGGGGCCCUUGAUUGGUCAAUAAAAUAUCUUGUAUCUUUAAUGUAUCUCGGUUUGCUUUACAUAAAGUAUUUGUUGAAGACCAAUCUGACUAUAUAUAAUAAUAUAGGUCUGUACUUUGGUCAGCUCAGAUUGGCUAUCAACUAUUUUUGCAAUCUCUCACCAGAGGGCGUAUUACGCUGCGCUACAACACCUCUGUCAACGUCUAAAUGUCAAGAUUCUUGGCAAAACUUACCUAUACCUAUAGCAUCAUGGAUAAUAAUUUUAUAAGUUUAAGUUUUAUGCUUUAAAUCUUAAUUAGGUUCACAAAAACAACGAAUUCCAUGAUUAUACUAGUAUUAUUGAAUGAAUGAAUAUUUAUAUAAACCUUCUGAUUCGCUCAGGUGUCUCAUAUUUACCAUCUUCUGAUUUUAGAAAAUUCAGAGAAGUGUUUGAUUUGCUCAGAUAUUAUCAUUACAGUUCGAUAUGCUAAGUUAGUUUUUGUACAUUUUGAUAUAACUUUUUAGACGUUGACAGAGGUAUUAGUGGAGCGUAGCGGGAACGAUAACUCUGGUUAGAGAUUACUUGGCAAUCUAUUUUUGAACUGAGUCACUGGAUAUUCUCGUAAAGCAAAAUGAAACCUAAAUCUACCACGUGACUCAAAGCCUGUGUAUAUUGGCCUUGUAAUCGCUACCACGCACACAGAAACGCGCCGAACUCACGGCGACGAUUACUGUUAACCAGCUGUUGUUGAAUUGUUUGUAUGUUAAAAAUUAAAGUCCGACCAGCGGUCGGAUAACAACGCACAACGGGUAUUACGAAUUGUUUAAGAUAUUUUCAUAGGAAAUUUAAAAAAUGGCGAUGAAACUAUCAGCUUUUGCUAACGUGCGCGUCAUGGCAAUCUUAAUAUUUCUUACGGAUGUAACCGUCCUGGUCGUCGUGCUGGCGUUGUUGUGGAACAUGGCGGGGGAAAAAGAUGAGACCUGUGCAAAGCUGUGUUUACCGUGUGCAGACAACAAAGACAAAAUCUGCUGUAACUGUCACGUGCCAUUACUGAAGAGCUUUAUAACACAGAGAUUUAAUUCGACUCUUCACACGGAGAAGGAAAGAAAAUCAGCUGCCCAAAUGCAUGACUUGACAAAGUUCAUGGACGUGAGCUGGAACCUAAAGCCUACAGCACACAUCACGGGAUCCAAAAUAAACACUGCAGAUGCUGACAGACCACGUGAUUUGUAUUCCGUCCGAGAGUGGAACAAAGACGGAAACAACUGUCUGAUGCAGAACGGCGUGGAGUACAGAAAUGGCCGACUAGUGGUCCCAGCUUCCGGAUUCUAUCAUCUCUAUGGCUUCCUAGACCUUCAUCAGAUCUACGACAACAAGGCCCCGAUGCCACCCGGGAUGCCAAACUCCAUCACCAUGCGGUUCUACAAGUACAACAUCCUGAAACCCGAUGAAGAGGCCCUCAUUGAAACCAACCGUCCGUACGAGAGGUCGGCAAACCAGCAGUUCAUGGUUUACCAGUCCUUUCUCGGGGCUGACGUCCAACUACAGGCUGGGGAUGAAGUUUAUCUGAAGGUGUCUAAUCUGACCUACAUUAAAAAUCCAUCCAGAAACGUAUUUGGUCUCCACAUGUUGUGAACGCUGAGACGAGAAUUCGAAGAUCCGCCCCUAAAUUCCAACAUCCUACCCCUGGCUUCGGUGUACUUCGUGCUCCAAAAGUUCCGCUAAAGUCUUGGUGAGAAAAGGCGAUCAAACUGACUGAUCUGUAGUUCAUUGCAUGUGUCACUGCCAUUGUAUCAAUAAAGGAUGCAGAUAAAAGAAUAGACUCGGAGAAAUGUAAUUGCAUUAUUUACAUUCCGCGAAUGUUGCCACAUCUUUUGCGGACAGAAAGAUAACUGUUAAUAAAUAUGUCUGUAGUUCUUUAAUAUCUAACUAACUACAUUAAAUUUGCAUGUUUUGUGACAUUUUAACAUUGCAAUUACAAUGUUGUUUGUAGGUCUGGAACCUACUGAAAUGGAAAAAAAAUGUUGAAAAUAAAAUCAGAAAUUGUU